AUGAUGGAAGCCCAUAACCAGAACUCCAUUUCUCCUCCCAAGACCAAGAGGCUUUAUCAAGUUUGGAAAGGUCGUAAUAGAUUCUAUUGUGGCGGUAGAUUGGUGUUUGGUCCGGAUGCUGGCUCRGUGUUGUUAUCAACAUUUCUUAUUGCGGCUCCAGCGAUAACCUUUUGCAUCAAAAUGCUACUCAAUCUCACGAAAGAUGAAACCGCUUUCGGGUACGGAGUACUGGCGGCAGGAAUCAUCCUCACCCUUUUGGAUCUAACUUUUCUCUUCAUGACGUCCGGAAGAAAUCCUGGAAUCGUUCGUAGGAACACACGACCGCCGGAAUGUGAAGACUCUUUCAAUUAUCGGUCACAAUCGAUGGAUUGGCUAAACAGUUCGCCCCUGAGUCUCAGGAUACCGAGAAUCAAAGAUAUGUUGGUCAACGGGCACACGAUAAAAGUCAAAUACUGUGACACUUGCAUGCUGUACCGCCCAUUGCGUGCUUCUCAUUGCUCGGUUUGCAAUAAUUGCGUACAGCGGUUUGAUCACCACUGCCCGUGGGUCGGGCAGUGUAUCGGAGUUCGCAACUAUCGGUUCUUCAUCUUGUUCAUCACUUCAUCCACGGUCUUGUGUGUCUUCGUGUUCACGUUUUCGUUGCUCGAUAUAAUUCGUCAACACGGGAGCUCAUGGAAUAGUUUAUCGAAAGACGCUGUUUUAGUGGUGCUCGUMGUGUACUGCUUUGUCUGCGUUUGGUUCGUUGGCGGGCUCAGCAUCUUCCAUUUUUACCUCAUUUCAACAAACCAGACAACGUACGAAAACUUUCGGUAUCGAUAUGACAAGAAGAAAAAUCCGUUCAACGAAGGGCUUUGGAAGAAUCUUAAGGAUGUAUUUUGUACCAAAUUGCCACCCCCUAUCAAUUUCCGAGAGUGGGUGACGGUUGAAGACGAUGAUCCUUCAACCAUCGGAUCCAUCACACGAAGCUUUGGCGAAUCUUUCCGUUCCCCAAAAGGGAAGUUCGACAGGCAACCAAGCAUCUUACUUAAAAGGGACGCCACGUUGUCACACGUGCAUAAGAAUCACAGUUGUUCAACGACCGAGACCGAUAAAGAUUUAAAAGGCAACAACGGAGUAAAAAACGAGCCACAAUUUCUAGUUAAUCGUCAAGAUUCGGAUUUCCGUAACGAAGAAGGAAUCAACCAAAUUGAAUUAUUCAAUUUCUUAGAGAAACUUCAAUCGAACGGCAAAACCUUAAUUUUGCCGUUCUCUUGGAUCCAAUCAUACGCCAAAAACAUCAAAGUUUUGCCGGAGGAAGGGAAUGAACGGUUGGAGCUGCCUUUAUGGCAACGGUCCCUUCCAUUGCGGAGUUAA